AUGAAAUUCCUUACCGCUGCUACCCUCCUCACUAUUGCCAGCUCCACCGUUGCAGCUCCGGCACUCGUUAAGGAUGUCCAGCCCCUGCAAAUCAAGGAUCUCAACAUGAGGUACAACAAGGGCAUCAGUAUGGUACAGGUUAAUUUUGACCUGUAUGACCCGAACAACCAGGACCACAACGCCAACUCAUUUCACUGCGCUGUUAACUUGGAACCCAACCGCCCUGAGAACAGAAACAUCGACAAGCCUUGCGACAACACUCAGUACGACUUUGGCUUCCCGAGCGAUGUGAAGAACAUCCGGGAUGUGAACUUAAAGAUUAGGAACCUUGGCGCCAGUCCGUUCUGGGGGGCAAGGGCGAUCUCAGCCGAAGUCCCUGGAUCUUCCUGGCAAUGCUAUGAUAACAACACCAUUCCAGCCAGCCCGUACACGUCUUGCAGCUGGGCAGGUAUCAUGGAGUUUGAUGUCUCCGCCGAGUAG